AUCGAUGUCUGGUUUUUGGUUUGCAGGUGGACCCGAACUUUCACCGAGACUUCAUGCAGUGGAAGCAGGCGCCCUCACUGGAGCCCGGCGACCCGUUUGUGGCGAGGCUGUUUGGCGAGGACAUCGACGCUUGCCUCGCCUUCAACAACGCUCCACUCGCUGCCCGAGUGCGUCAGGCCAUCAGCGAGGAGAGCAUCUGCAUAGAAGCCGUUAACGACAAGUCCAGGUCGCACUUCCCCAUGAAAUGCGCUCUCCUGGAAGUGAUUAGACAGUGCCAUUACAGAAUGAAAUUUGAUGGCUGUGACCAAACUUACUGUAUUUCGCAGCUGUGUAGGAACCGGAUAACCGCAGUCUGCAACUUCCUGAACUAUCUGCGCUACAUACAACGAGGACUGGUAAAAAGUUCAGCUCAUGAGAUGUACUGGGAAAUAGCUAGACUACGGAAAGAGAUAGCUUUAGCUAGACUGGGCCUUACAUCAAAUCAGUAGACUAGAGCAGAUUUUUCUACUACAAAAAGUGAAAUAGGAGAUUUUAUACUCAAUAGAGUUUUAUCAAAAACUAAUAUAUUAUAUUAUAUAGCUCAUUUAUCCUAUAAGAAGCCAAAGAUUAGUGAUAGAUUCAUGUGCAACUAUUUUAUCUUAAUUUUUAUUAAUGUAUCAUACUAUAAACUAGAAAAAUAACGUAUAAAUCUGAGCUUCAAUGGACUGAUCAAGCAGAUUUAGAGUUUUAGUGAAUUUUACUCUAAACUGUCAAUAUUCCUCAUAGAUAACGUCAAUGCUUUCCAUUGAGCAUAUACUGACAGUUUAGCAUGUUUGGAAGGACCAAGAAAAGGCCUGUAAGUUGUAAAAUAAGAUAGAAAUGUAAUCUCAGAAACAAUACGUUAUUAUAUUAUCUGCCAUAUUUUAUUAUAUCGUUUUUAUCUAAUUUUAUAAGCUUGUCAGUGUAUUUUUGUUGAUUUUUUAUCAUAAGUCUUACUUUGUUGAUCAAAGUUAUCUGUGCCAAUAUUAUUGAUUCGAUAUACUAUACUUUUUUAUUAUUUUUAAUGGGUUUUCCAAUUUGUUUAUGCCAGAUUCAAAACGUUUAUUCAAUGUAGUGGUUCUCGAACAAUGGGUAGCAAUUAUUGAUGAACAUUCUUAUCGAAAUUAUGUUCAAAUAGUAUUAUAAUCAUAAGGUAUUUUAUUCACAAACUUCAGAAAUACACAAUUUGGAUUUAUAAUAUCUAUAAUUUACCUACGUAUAAAGCCGCGUUCACACCAGAGUUAUUAACAAAAUGUUGAUAACUUAAUCCUUAUAGAUUCUAUUAGAUUGAACAUAACUUGACAAACACAUAUGAUCAUCGUGUGUAUGAUAAGUCAAGUUCAUUCUUAUAGAAUCUAUAAAGAUUAAGUUAAUAACUUAGGUGUAAACGCAGCUUUAGAGUUGUAAGCAUUUCAAACCUAUAGAAACCUUCCUUUUCGCAGAACUUCGUUUCUCUUUUACUAUUGAAUCCUUUUUUAUUAUGUGCUCAAUUUUAAUUCAAAUGUUUUUAAUCACUGUCCGAAUCAACUGUCUAGUAGGCUACAUAAUUUAUUUUCGAAUAAAUUUUUAUCUAUUGCUUCAUUGUUUUGAAAACAGUUUGUUUGAUUUACAUAAUUUUAUUCUUGAUUAAUCUAAACAAAGUGCAAUACUUGUUCUGAAUAUAGCCUACUGUACCUUGAUUAUGAUACUUUUUGUGUAGUUGAGAAGUUGAUAUUGUGGUAAUUAUUCAUAUUAAAUGAAAAAGACUAAGAAAUUGUCAAAAACCACAGAUUUAUUGAUACUUAGAAAGACCGGUUUCGGUUAUUACACCAUUGUCAAUCUCUGAUAACUGGUCUUUCUAAGUUAGUAUCAAUAAAUCUGUGGUUUUAUGACAAUUUCUUAGUCUUUUUCAUUCAAUUUGAUUAUGAUAUAUUCAGUUUUAUAGGGAUUUUAUUCUCAUUGUCCUCCUUUCAUAAAUCAGUGUCAAAUCAAAUUUAUACUAGAAACUAAUGUUUUAUAGAUGUUCUAAUAAUUUAUGUUUCAUUUAACGCAAUCAAACAGCUUUAAUUGUAUUUAUGAUAUAAGUCUAAAACAGUUUUAGUUAGAAAUACAAAUUAAAAUCCAAGUAGCCUACCUUUUCUUAAAAUUGUACUUGGAAUUUUUAAAAUUUUUAUUCAAUAGCAGCCCUAACGAAAAAACAAAACACAGUUUUAGUUACUAUAGUUUUAUAGUUGAAAAAGUUUUAUAGUUGAAACAGUUUUAUAGUUGAAACAGUUUUAUAAUUGAAACAGUUUUAUAGUUAAAACAGUUUUAUAGUUACUAGAUUCAUGUGUUGUUAACUUGAAUAGGUACUUCUAUACCCAUGAAUUAUUCAUAGCAUUUCAUCCAUGUUUAAGAUGUGACUAUAACUGAAUUCCUAUGUAGUUCUGAUCUUAAUUCUAAUUUACCGGUAUACUACUGUUUUAUUAAUGAGUUAUUUAAUCAUUUGAGCAGCUUUAUUAGUAUUUACGAUGUGAUUAUACACUAUAACUAUAUUUAUGUAUGCAUGGUUUUGUUAAAUGUGUUAAUAUAUUCAAUUUUUUGUUAUCGAUGCCAGAAAGAUUUAUAAAUAUUAUAUAACUUGAAUAAAUUAUUGUCACAUUACUAUUGGAUAUCUAUGUAAUAUUGUUCUAUGUAUGUGUUAUGAAAGUAAGGAAAGUAAAUAUUUUUGUUACAUCAACGUAAA